AUGCCAACCCAGGCUCUGCUGCCCCUCCUGCUCCUCUCUGUGCUGCUGCUACAGGCCCAGGGAGGGCACCGUAAACUGAACGGGAUGCAGAAGACAGAGCUCUUCAAUGAAGUCAAGGUUUGUGAAAAACACACCAACAUAUAUAUGUGCAGACGUCCAUGUGAAUAUCACCAAGAUUGUCAAGCAAAUAACAUAUGCUGUUCAACCUUCUGUGGAAAUAUUUGCAUGAGCCUCUAG